AUCAACACGGCUGCCAACAUACGGAUGGUCACCUUCACUGACCUGACUCCUUUCAGCAUGUACCAGACGACCGUGGCCGCCAUAGCAAGCACCGGCGAAUUCGGCGAGAGCAGCCUUCAAGGACCAUACACUCCGGACAUGGUAUCGUUCAAAACAUUUCCGGGAGUUCCGAGUCCCGAUGGGGGCGCUCAAGAGGCCGGUCCAGAUGAGAUACAAAUGCAGUCCACUUCUGCCCGAAUGGGGAUAACUUUCGAGAAGUAA